GAACUCUCGCGCGAUGAUCAUGGCUGUUGAGAGGGGUUGAUGCGAGGAAAAGUGGAAAAUCGAAUGAUUGAUACAUUUGCAGCGGCUAGUUAGCUAUGUUUCGGUCGCUGCUCCCCAAGUAUUAUUGUACAACGUAUCAGAAUAGUAGGAUUUCGAUUUAUAGCUUGCAUUUCCCACCGACGCGUAAGGCAUAAAGUGGACAUUGGGGUUUAAUGAUACGGUUUAAUUUUCUCUAGCUAAUUUUGGCUUGCUAUGCUAACGCGAACUGGUUAGCUUUGUUUACAUCAAGUGCGCGCUUGGGAUAUGUUAGCUUAUUGCUAACCAAACAAAUGUGUGAUCUUAGGAGCAGCGUUUCGUUCCGCUAGGUAUCGACCAGGAGACCGUGAUCGAUAGCAAACGGGCUCUAUGGCUAACAUUGAGAAUUUCUUGUUUCAUUCGUGUGGCUGAUGUCCUAAGCUAAUGCUAGCUGCAUAAUGCUAACCCUUUGAUAAUGGACGGUCUGGUCAUUUAAUUCACUGUUAGCCGGUAGACAUCGUUGGGGAGAAUCCUUCGUUGCAGUGACUGGCUGGAUUUCCUUUCCCCCCGAGUCUGCGGAGGGCACUGCUAUGAACCCCGUAAAGGCAACCGCUCUGUACGUGUCCGCCAGCCGGGCCGUGCUGCAGUGUGACCCGCGGCAGCCUCACACCUUCGCAGAGAUGUACAAGCUACUGCCCUUCUUCCGACAGUCCAUUGCAUGCCUCGCCUGUGGCAAACUGCUCCAGGAUCCCCUCUCCCCAUCACAUGCAGAGUGUCAGCAUUAUGUCUGCUCGGGCUGUAAAGGCCAGAAGAUGCAGAUAAGGCCGCCGUGCAGUCGCUGUAAGGAUUUCUCCUGCUUCCAGGAGAACCAACGGCUCUCUUUGCUCGUGCAAUGCUACAAGAAGCUCUGUCUCUAUGUAACCCAUUCGCCGUUACUGCAAUCCAUCACCAGCCGAGUGGGAGGGUCCCCAGAAGUUAUGGCCCUGCUAGAGGAGGUGCUAAUGUCCAAUGAAGAUGAAAUAGAGACAGAAGACCCAAGCCCAGCACAGGAAAAUGUGAAUCCAUCGGCCCAGGAGUCCCUCACUCCGACAGAGGCACCACCUGCUCCUGCAGAGCUUUCAGCUGUACCCCAGAGCUCCUCCUCGGACCCUCCUCGUUCCAAUGGACCACAGGAAUGUAACGGGGAAGUGCUGCAGGACCUCGCUCCUUCUUCUCCGGAGCUGGAAGUAUGCGAGCUGGUAGAGGAGCAGUCACAGGUAGACCUGUCUGUGUCUAGUACUGGCUGCGGUGGUCUGGAAGUGAGUCUGACCACUGGACCUUUAACCCCAACUCCAGGCACUGUGUGCUCACUCAGGGAUGGGCAAUCUGGCAGCAGGGAGCUGGAGGAGGGGGAGGUGUUGCUUCUCAGUGUGGAGGAGGUGUUGCAGACUUUGGAUCCCCUUCAACCUGGUCGAGAUACUCCUUAUACACAGCCGGAACGUAUGCACACUCACGCACACAUAGCCACGGACAGAGCACACGCGCCAAUGUACAUACAGCUAGACGCAACUCACAACUACACGCAGAUCCAAACGGACAGGACUAACACAGUGGCCAGUCACGGUGCUCACAUCCACGCGUCUUUUGAUCCUCCUCCAACCUCCAAGCCCCCGCCAGUCCGCCUUAAACGAAAACGCUCUCGUUCAGAGAGCGAUAGGGAAAAGGUAAAGCCCCUCCCUAUCGCCUCCAUCCUACAGGGCCCUUCCUCACAUUCACACACUCCAAACCCUUCUCAGACACUAUACAUGCAACCACCUACACCCUCCUUAACUGUACCAGCACACACAUACUCGUCCCUUCCUAACGGGGCGCCCCCGAAGCUCAGUCGGCCUGCGCCGAACCACAAUAAAGGCGCCAGGAAGCAUGUUGAUGCGGGCCUUAAGAAGCCCCAUGCGAAGGCACGCAGCGGUGGAGGCCCCAAGACCAAGGAUGGAAGCAAGGACCAGCGGUUGAUGGCAGGCUGCAUUGUGCCCCCGGCUCCUGUUCGGCCCCCAUACAAGAAGCCUGCAGAGAAGAAGGGCUGCAAGUGUGGCAGGGCCACCCAGAAUCCAUCUGUACUGACAUGCAGGGGCCAACGCUGUCCCUGCUAUUCGAACCGAAAGGCGUGCUUGGAUUGUAUCUGUCGAGGUUGCCAGAACUCCUACAUGGCUAACGGGGAGAAGAAGCUAGAGGCCUUCGCCGUGCCCGAGAAAGCCUUGGAGCAGACGCGUCUCACCCUCGGCAUCAACCUCACCAGCAUCACCGCGGCCGCCGCACUCCGCAACCCGGCAACCACCAGCAUCCGCACUAACACCCUCCUCAAUGUCGCCACAGCAACUGGGAGCCCCGUGACUACAAGCUUUCUGUCCCCCAGCCCGCCACAAGAGCCCAGCUACGAGGACAGCCUGGAGCUGCUGAUUGGAUGAGAGGCUGGGACUCCAAAAACAGACCGCUCCAUGCUGAUCGAAUGUGACGGCUGAUUAUUGUAUCUGUCAGACAACCUGUACCUCCCCAUGACCAGAGGGGAGGCAACAAGGCAGCUAUGGGUCUGUCCUGUUCUGUAACCCGCUCUCCUUCUGUGUUGGAAAAUGCUGACCAGUCAGACUCGCAUGGGUGUGCCAAAGCCUCCUGUUUUGUGCCUGUGUGUGUCGUUACCUGUCUGUAGUUAAACAUUUAUACUCACUUCCAAGGCUGUUCUGUACUCCAGAGGUGCUUUUUUUUUUUUUUAGACCACAGACAUACUGUUAGAGGCAAUAGGAACCCAGACCCGAUUUUGUGUUUGUUGGUGUGUGUGCGCACCAUCUUAGAUUUCAGUGUGCGCAUGUGUGAUUUUUGGUGCAAAAUGAUAACAAAAAACUGCAUCAUAAUAUACCAUCACCGGACACCGCAUUUUCCGUGUUAGAGUAUUCCUCCAUGUGUAUCUAAGAAAUGCAUCAUUGGUAUCAGGACGGCCCUUACUAACCCUUAAGCCUGUAUGUGUUCACACCUUAAUUGUGAAUGAAUCUUGUGACUAAUCUAUGGAGAAGUUAUGUCCCACACAAGACUCUAUGCCUUUUCUAUCUCAUUAACUCACUCAAUCCGAGUACUGUCAGGCUGAUAACGAAUUUGUCUUAAUGAACUUGACUGAUGCAGGCAUUGUACAGGCAGCAAGAUAAUGUCAAAGCACUUGGCUGGCUCCAGUUUCUGUGCAUGCAAGUGUGUGUGUGUGUGAGUGUGUAUGUUUAAAUGCGCCUGCUGAGAUUUGCUGAAAUUCAGUGGGGAGGUGGAUGUUGGGUUGUAAGCACUUGAUUGGCCAAAUCACAACUAAAACCAUUCUUGGUUACCAUAGCAAUAGGAGCACCAACAAGGAGCCUCCCGGCUUUCGUGCACAGUUGUUUACAGUAUUGCCAUGUAUACGGACUAUAUAACGACUGUCUUCUAAAAUAUUACACCUUUAUGGGAUUGUACAUGACUUGAGUGUUUAGAUAAACUGAAGCCAUAGAUUGUCAUUAACAAGACAAAAUAUCUUGUGUGUGCAUUUUCCCGCCCCAGUUGUAGUGUCCCAAAUGAUUAGAGACUAACUGAGAGACUAUUUUUGAUACCAAGUGUUUGAGAUUUGGUACCACGGUCUUUUUUGUCUUUUAUUUGAAGCACCUUGAAGCCCUCCUAUAACUUGAGAGGCUGUGUAUUGUCCGUGUUUGUGUUUACUGUAACUACAACAUGUUUGUCAGUCCAGUCGUGGUGACCAAAAAGAGACUGGGAGGAAUCAGGCUGACCAAACAAACACCUUGGUUCUCCACUCAUAGACCAAGAAGUAGCCGGGGAUUACAGCGUGAUCAGCAAAUACGAUCUAUCUUCCUGUGUAAGUUGUUUUUUUCUUUUUUGGGCAUUACUUGAACCCUAGUUAGUUUUGAGUAUCGUUUUUUUUUUUUCUUAUGUACAAAACUCUUGUUUGAGGAGUGACUCUUAUUGCUGAAACAUUCACUGCCAUAAUAUGGAAAUGUAUUACAACAUGGAUUAAAUGAUAGUUUUUUA